CUACACCGGGUCACCGCCUGGCCGAUAAGCUCUCUUAUCGGGCGUCCCGUCUGUAGCGGGAAGAAAAAAAUUUGGGCUGGUCGCAAACCGUCGGCUUCUGUUUCCUGCAGGUGGGCUGCGAUAUCUUCUUCGCGUCAAACAUCAACCUUCGACGUCGCCGACACACCCCACACCACCUCCGUGACCCGACAAGAUGGCUUCCGUAUACAAGUCAUUGUCUAAGAAGGCCGACAAGCCUGAGGCGCCGACCAAUGGCGUCAAGAAGGUGCGCCAGAAGAGGCGCGCUCUGGUUCUUUCAAGCAGAGGCGUCACUUACAGACACCGACACCUGAUGACCGAUAUUCACUCGAUGAUGCCCCACGGAAAGUUGGACAGCAAGUUCGAUACCAAGUCAAAACUCCACGUCCUCAACGAACUCGCCGAGCUCAACUCGACACCUCAGAUUUGCUACUUGGAGGCCAGGAAGCACCAGGACUUGUACAUGUGGUUGGCAAACGCACCGAACGGCCCCAGUGUGCGUCUUCACAUUCAGAAUAUCAUGACCAUGGAGGAGUUGCGAUUCCCGGGUAACUGUCUUAAGGGCAGCCGUCCUAUACUGUCCUUUGAUGCCGCAUUCGACACCGAGCCUCAUCUUCAAGUCAUCAAGAACUUGAUGACAAUGGUGUUCGGUGUUCCAGAGGGAGCGAGAAAGUCCAAGCCUUUCGUGGACCACGUGAUGGGAAUCAGCUGGGUUGACGAGAAGAUCUGGAUCCGCUACUUCGAGAUCAAGGAGAUCGAUGCCGAGACGGAGGAGGAAACCGGAAAGUCAGUCCUCAGAGGAGGCAAGACAGAUGUCGCCCUGGUGGAGAUUGGUCCGCGGUGGACGGCAACCCCGAUUGUCAUACUCGAAGGCAGCAUGUGUGGAAGCAAGAUCUGGGAGAGCCGAAGCUUCGUCUCCCCGAACCAGAUUCGUGCGGACCUGAGGAAGAAGAAGUCUACUCGCCACGUCUCGCGGACGGAGCAGGAGGUAGAGCGGGCGACAAAGAGAGGCGAGCUCGGCCUCAGAAGCAAGGGUGGAAAGAGCGCGGCGAAGGACGAGCUGGAUACCAAGGCACUAUUUGCGUAA